UAGAAGGCAAGGCAAUUAGAAGCUCAAAGGAAUUCAUCGACCCCUAGAGGUUGUUAAUGGCUUUCAGAUAAGGAUAUCAUUGUGGCAGUGAAAAGCUCAAGAAAUGUUGGCAGUUCUUUUUCAAAUUAUUGCAUACCGUGGAAUUGAUCGAUAUCAUCUCUAAUUGAUCCUAAUUCGCUUGUCAGGAGGUAAGGUACCCUUUUUGGCAGGUGACCUUAUUUCCACCCCUGAACUAGUUCCAAUCUUUCGUGUUAUUUGUUGAACUUUUGAAGUUAAUAUGAAAAAGCGACAAACAUGCUUACCCUUUUUCCUGUCAAGCAUUAACUCAAAUUUCAAUGGCUGUUGCUUUUAUUCAAGCGUUUACAGGUCAAUUUAAACUAGCACAAUAAAAUUUGUAACUCACACCAACAAACAAUACAGGUUUACUCUGAUCACGUAGUACGUGUAAUCCCUAAUUAAGGUUACUUAAACCAAAAGCACUUUUAUAGAACCUUAUUUGUUCACAGGCGUUAGGCGUUAGGCGUUAGGCGUUCACUAGAGAUUAGGGAAGAUGGCAAAGUUUAUUCCUUUGAUUCUCUGCUUGUCAGCAAUGAUAUCUGUCAAUGGGCAUGUGUAUAAAGGAGAGAAAAUAGAUGACAAUAAUGAAGUUUACGAAGAGGAAAAUGAGGCAUCUGGUGAUGCAAUGGCAAAAAGAGCACUCAGAUGGACUGUAACUGAAGAAAUCCAGCAUGAAGACAUGAAAGGUCCUUGGGGAGUAUGGGGACCAAUGGACUUUUGCAAUGAUGGGAAAUUUGCAACUGGAUUUUUUCUGAGGGCGGAAAAAGAGCAAGGGGCUGGGGACGAUACUGGAGCUAACGCAGUUUGUCUGCAGUGUGGGGAUAAGGAAGUUUGCUCAAAAGAAGGAAAAUGGGGUGAAUGGUCAGACGAAAUUAGUUGUCCAACAGGAAGCUUCAUUAGCGGUUGGAGACAAAAUGUCGAGGAUAAACAAGGACGGGGAGUCCAAAAGGAUGACACUGCGCUAAACAAUGUAGAAUACAGAUGCAGAGACAAGAACACCUGGGAGGGGACAGGAAAUAUAAAGACCAAUGCAAAAGAGUGGGGAAAAUGGAGUAGGUUGGUGGAAUGUUCAAGAGGUCAGUUUAUUUGUGGAAUUAAAACAAGAGUUGAAAAACCAGGCGGCGACGAUACUGCACUAAACGACAUCAAACACAAUUGCUGUAAACCACUGCUGAAGAAGGAAAAAGCCAAAAUAAACAACUAGUUCCAAAGAGCGCGAAGACACUGUAAAGCAGAGUAUUGGUCAAUUUUAAAUAAAAUGAAAUAAAAUCAAGAAAAAAUGUCAAUUGUGGCUUUCUGACAGAAACUUUUGACUUGAUUCAGUACAGCAACGACCAACUUUUUUUGAAACAAUGCAGCCUUUCUCAUUCACCCGAAUUCAUGAAUUCAAAAUAGUAUAUCAUCAUACAAAAUGUUCCAAUUGUAAAAAAUCUCGUAAUGCCGUCCAAAUUUAUAGCUCUUUAUGUGAUUCAAUGCUGUUAUUGUUGGAGUUUGGCCUUUUUAGAUUUGGUAUUUGAUUUAUCAAACAUUACUUAGUCUGCCUGAACUUUCGAAUUUCUAUACAAUUUUGUGGACCUCUGGAUUUUUGAAAGGAUUUUUAUAUACACCCUUUGGCCGCAUUAUCCACAUAAUAACAUAAUCUAGUCUCAUCCAACAAAAAAGAAUUGUCAUAAAUAAUCAUUUCAAACAGGAUAGGGCCUAGGAAUGACCCCUGGAGGACACCUAUUACCAUUUCUUUCUAGAAACUGAAUGUGCCGUUCAUUUGCACUAUUUGUCUUCCUCCUGAAAGAGAGUCGUGCACUAUUUUUAUAGCGUAUGAACUUGACUAGCAUGUAUUGAAUUUAGCAAGAAAAAAAUUAUGAUCGAGAAAAAUAUUAAUAGGCCUAUCAAGACUGCUUGAACAAAUCCUUACUAUCUAAGGUCUUCUUUAAGGUCUCUUCCACCUUUUACAAAGAAUUGGAGUGUAUUUUAGUGAAAGAAGUGUAUUUUACAUGUAUCAACAUGAGAGAGUUUAGGUGAGAGGAAUGCGUUUACAAAAGGUAGUUAUGAGCUGAUUUCUCAAAAUCUCUCAAAAGCUUUUUUAUCAGAUAGUAAAACGAUUGUCGGUCUUAAGUUGUGGUUCAGAAACAAGUCACCAUUCGCACUAACAUCACCGUCUUUUAUUUCACGUGGAAAAUAUCUGCGUCUUUACUUUUGUAGUAUACGUUUGUUUCAAAUCAUUGAUUGGCUUAUUAAGGACAGAAUUAAAUCUCACCUUUCUUUAUUGACUGCCCAAAGUCCAAGGAUUUGGUAACUGUCUGCCUAAUGACCGAUGAUCCAUUCGAAUAGAAUUUCAAUCACUCUACUAUUCGCAUUACCAGUGAACUUCUGAAAUCAGUUUUUGACCGAGCCCU